CUGGCUUGUCCCUCGUGUGAUGUCAUCCAAUGGAUGAGUGGCUGGCGGCUGCGAUGCGCAUGUAUGCAGUCUAUUGCCUCAACGCUUCACAGCGAACCGCACUUGACAGCUUGCCAGGUUAGAGGGGGGGGGAAACACACCAUUCAAGGGAGGAAACCAGACCUGCUGAAUUUCCACCAGCCAGCCGUCAACCGCAUCUACCCGAGGUAGAGCAGGGUUUCCCGCAGCCCCUCUCUGUCUCUCUCUCUCAUCGACACCUCAUGCAUCAUUUUUGUGGAUUAAUUAUGUUUCUGUUCUAACGCACAGAUGACAGCGUAACCGGGGCGAUAAGCUGUUCAGAUACCCAAAUACAGCCGCUUUGUUGAAGAGGAUCUGUUGUGACUGGACAUGAAUUCGGCGGAACAGACGGUUACAUGGCUGAUUACGCUCGGGGUGCUGGAGUCGCCAAAGAAGACCAUCUCGGAUCCUGAAGCAUUUCUGCAGACCUCCCUGAAAGAUGGGGUGGUGUUGUGUCGGCUGCUGGAGCGGCUCAGCCCGGGGUCCACGGAGAAAAUUUACCAAGAACCGAAGAACGACGGCGAGUGCCUGUGCAACAUAAAGGAGUUUCUCAAGGGCUGCACAUCGUUUCGCGUCGAGCCGUUUGAGGCCAGUGACCUGCUGCUAGGACUGAACUUCUCAAAGGUGCUUAGCAGUCUGGUCUCUCUCAAUAAAGUGACUGCAGAUAUCGGCGUGGGCAGUGACUCAGUGUGUGCCCGACACUCAUCUGCCCAUCGCAUAAAGUCGUUUGAGUCGCUAUCCUCUCAGGCUUCACUGAGCCGAUCCUCCAAGCUGCUGCACAACCAGUUUCGCAGUCUGGACAUGUCAGAAAACAGCGGACAGCAGCUGCUGGUGAGGGCGCGUUUCAACUUCCAGCAGAACAACGAGGAUGAGCUCACUUUUGAUAAGGGUGAUAUCAUCGGCGUGACUCGUCAGGAGGAUGGCGGCUGGUGGGAGGGGAUGCUUAAUGGCAGGACUGGGUGGUUUCCUAGCAACUAUGUCCGCGAGAUCAAAGGCUCUGACAAACAAGUGUCACCCAAGUCUGGCACUCUUAAGAGCCCACCUAAAGGCUUUGACACCUCUGCAAUCAGCAAGACGUACUAUAACUUGGUGUUGCAGAACAUUUUAGAAACAGAGACAGAAUAUUCCAAGGACCUUCAGAGCCUCCUGACGAACUACCUGCGACCUCUUCAGAGCAUUGACAAACUGAGCAGCUCAGACGUGGCUCUGAUUCUGGGAAACCUUGAGGAGAUCAGCACCUUCCAGCAGAUGCUCGUCCAAUCGCUGGAAGAGUGCACCAAGCUUCCGGAGAGCCAGCAAAGGGUAGGAGGCUUCUUCCUCAACCUCAUGCCACAGAUGAAGGCUCUUUAUGUCGGUUACUGCUCCAACCACCCCUCUGCAGUUAAUUUGCUCACCCAGCACAGUGAAGUGUUGGGAGAGUUUAUGGAGGGGAGGGGUGCAGUCAGUCCUGGGAUUCUCACCCUGACCACAGGCCUCAGCAAACCCUUUAUGAGACUCGACAAAUACCCUAACUUACUCAAAGAGCUGGAGAGGCACAUGGAGGAGAGUCAUCCUGACCGGCCAGACAUUCAGAAGUGCAUGGCGUCUUUCAAAAAUCUGUCUGCUCAGUGCCAGGAGGUACGGAAGCGUAAGGAGCUGGAGCUGCAGAUUCUCACCGAGUCCAUCCGGCUGUGGGAGGGGGAUGCCAUUAAGACCCUGGGCUCGGUGCUCUACAUGAGCCAGGUCUUAGUCCAGAGUCCUGGUUUAGAGGAGAAGAGUGAGCGUUACCUCAUGCUCUUCCCUCAUGUCCUCCUCAUGUUGUCUGCCAGCCCCAGGAUGAGUGGCUUCAUAUUCCAGGGAAAAUUGCCCCUGGCCAGCAUGACAGUGACCAAACUAGAAGACUGUGAAGCCCAUAAAAACGCCUUUGAGCUCAAUGGCACAAUGUUUGACCGUCUUCAGGUGGUUUGCACCAACCAGCAUGACCUGAAGGACUGGGUGGAACACCUGACCAGACAGAUCAAGCACACUGCAGCCACAGGACCCAGCCACAAACCACUCACUGUUCCCUGCCACACGCUCCCAUCUCACCCUCUCACCCCAUCCCGGCAUGCUGAGGGAAGGGGCAUGACGGUGGCUCCCACCUACCACACCCUGCCUCACCCCUCCUCCCAUGGGACGUCUCACAGCACCAUGAUGUGGGGCCCGCUGGAACCACCCAACACCCCCAAACCCUGGAGUCUGAGCUGUCUGCGACCCGCACCCCCUUUACGACCGUCUGCAGCCCUCUGCUACAAGGAGGAUCUUAGUAAAAGUCCUAAGAGUGUGAAGAAACUCCUUCCCAAGCGCAAGCCUGAGAGGAAACAGUCUGAAGAGGAGUUUGCCUUGAGGAAGAGUACAGCUGCUUUGGAAGAAGAUGCCCAGAUCCUGAAAGUUAUUGAGGCAUACUGCACCAGCGCCAAAACCAGGCAGACUCUUAACUCCACCUGGCAGGGCACUGACCUGAUGCACAACCACGUGCUGGCCGACGUGGACCGGUCCUGUAUGGACUCCCCAGGCCGCCGUAGCAGCGUGUCACGGCCAGAAUUGUCCUCUGACCUUUCGGAGGACUCUGACUAUGACUCCAUCUGGACCACCCACAGUUACAGGAUGGGUUCAGUGCCGCGACCGCGAAGGGAAACAGGGCUGCAUGUGAUCAUCCCCGGUGAGAAGAAAAUCCUGGUGGAGGAUCCCAGUCGCAACGGACAAAGCACAGCAGAAGAAAAGAGCCUGGUGGAUGUGGUAUACGCCCUGAGGGAUGAGGUUCAAGAGCUGAAACAGGAUAAUAAGAAAAUGAAGAGGUCCCUGGAGGAGGAGCAGAAAGCACGGAAGGAUCUGGAAAAGGUUGUGAGGAGGGUGUUAAAGAGCAUGAAUGACUCAACGUGGGAUGAGACAAACCUCUGAGGAUCUUGUGCAACAUUUCCAUCCGAAGCUUUCAAAAGAGAAAGAGCAUGUACUGUAUAUGUGUGGACUUGCUUGCGCUGUCUGUGAAAUGCGCACAAUCCCACACGUAAUUUAAGGUUGGUUGUGUGACUAAGGACAAGAGUGAAUCUCUUAAGCAGGCAAUUGUGUGUGUGUGUGUGUGUGUGUGUGUGUGUGUGUGUGUUUGCCCUAAGUGGAGUGUCGUUACUGCCCCUCUGGUGAAAAGACAGGAACCACUGCGACGUGAUGCUGAACAGGCUCGACCAUCUAUCCCACGAUAACAUUCCUCGAAACACCAAGCAAGCUGGUGAGGAGAUUACACACUUAACCCUUGGUGUGUCCAUCACCUCAACAUCCAUCAUCAGUGUCUUUGGCAGCGUUCAGCAUGGCUGGAAGACAAGUGGAGACAAGUCCUCUCCCUCUGUUUACAAUAAUUUAAUGUUCCGCUGUCCAAUGGUACAUAAAUGAUAUACUUUAAUGAUGUUAAUGGUCACAAAGGCCUUGGACAUAUCUGAACUUGAACCACACCAUUAUAUAAGCAUUUCAUAAUGUUAUUUUUAUGAAUUGAUUUUUGUUCUGUCUCUCCCUGGCACAGGCUUAGCCUGGUGUUUUUUGUCCCGAAGUGAAGCUUGUGGCAGGAAACUCAUCUUUUAUGUCUGUUUGAUUUUUUUUCUGCCUUUUUUGUCCUCUUUAUUGUUUGACCACUUUGCGGUUUGACUUUUUUUCUAGGGAUCCUAGAGAAUUGUAUAGAUAUUGAACUUGUUCUGUAUAAUGUAAAUACUGCUUAUAGAUUAGCCUUUGCCCUUUGGGAGAAAUAAAUGUGUUUUUAGAAGAAUGA